GCGCACAGCGGAGGCGGCAGCGGCGGCGCCCCCGCCCAGUGCGGCUGGGCGCACUGACAGCGCUCCCGGCCCCGCCGGCCGGCUCCCGCCUCCCGCCGCCUCCGCCUGCGAUGCUCAGUCAUGAAACGCGUACGCACAGAACAGAUUCAGAUGGCAGUGUCCUGCUACCUCAAGCGCCGUCAGUAUGUGGACUCAGAAGGUCCCCUAAAACAAGGGCUGAGGCUGUGUCAGACUGCUGAAGAGAUGGCAGCUAAUCUCACAGUCCAAUCUGAAUCUGGUUGUGCCAACGUCGUGUCUGCAGCUCCCUGCCUGCCGGAGCCACAGCAAUAUGAAGUACAAUUUGGACGACUACGCAAUUUUCUCACAGAUUCAGAUUCUCAGCACAGCCAUGAAGUGAUGCCUCUUCUGUAUCCCCUCUUUGUCUACCUCCAUCUGAACAUGGUCCAGAAUGGCCUCAAAAGCACAGUGGACAGUUUUUACAGCCGCUUCCAUGGCAUGUUCUUGCAGAAUGCCAGCCAGAAGGAUAUCAUUGAGCAGUUACAGACUACCAUGACUAUUCAAGAUAUCCUGUCCAACUUGAAGCUCCGGGCUUUUCUGGACAACAAGUACGUCAUCCGCCUUCAAGAGGACAGCUACAACUACCUUCUUCGCUACCUCCAAAGUGACAACAACAACGCCCUGUGCAAAGUCCUGACCUUGCACAUCCACCUGGAUGUGCAGCCCUCCAAGAGGACCGACUACCAGCUCUACGCCAGCGGGAGCUCCUCGCGUAAUGAGAGCAACGGGCUGGAGCCCAGCGAGGUACCAGCUUCCAUCUUGCAGAAUGAGGCAGCGCUGGAAUUACUGCAGGACAGCAUUAAACGUGUCAAGGAUGGGCCCCCUUCCUUAACAACCAUCUGCUUCUAUGCCUUCUAUAACACAGAGCAAUUGCUGAACACGGCAGAGAUUUCACCAAAUAGCAAGCUGCUUGCUGCUGGGUUUGAUAAUUCAUGCGUUAAGCUGUGGAGCCUGCGUUCCAAGAAGUUAAAAUCUGAGCCCCAUCUUGUUGAUGUGUCCCGCAUCCGCCUGGCUUGUGAUAUCCUGGAUGAGGAGGAGGAAGAAGAUGACAGCGCAGGCACAGAAAUGAAAAUCCUGAGAGGACACUGUGGGCCUGUGUAUAGCACCAGGUUCCUUUCAGACAGCUCAGGACUUUUGUCUUGUUCUGAGGACAUGUCCAUCAGAUACUGGGACCUCGGAAGUUUCACAAACACUGUGUUGUACCAAGGACAUGCCUACCCUGUCUGGGAUUUGGACAUCAGUCCCUGCAGCCUGUACUUUGCCAGCGCCUCCCACGAUCGCACCGCAAGACUCUGGUCGUUUGAUCGGACGUACCCUCUGCGAAUAUAUGCAGGCCAUUUACUGGAUGUAGACUGUGUCAAGUUCCACCCCAAUUCCAACUACUUAGCGACAGGCUCCACAGACAAGACUGUGCGCUUAUGGAGCACUCAGCAAGGCAACUCGGUGCGCCUGUUCACCGGGCAUCGCGGCCCCGUGCUGGCACUUGCAUUUUCUCCCAAUGGUAAGUACCUGGCCUCGGCGGGUGAAGACCAGCGGCUAAAGCUGUGGGACUUGGCUUCAGGAACUCUCUACAAAGAACUGAGGGGGCACACGGACAACAUAACCAGCCUUACUUUUAGCCCUGACAGUAGUUUAAUUGCUUCAGCUUCGAUGGACAAUUCUGUCCGGGUCUGGGACAUCCGUAACACGUACUGCAAUGCCCCUGCCGAUGGGUCUUCCAGUGAACUGGUUGGUGUAUAUACCGGACAAAUGAAUAAUGUACUGAGCGUACAGUUUAUGGCCUGUAAUCUUCUUCUAGUGACUGGAAUUGCACAAGAAAAUCAGGAACAUUAAUUUUUUUUCUUUUCCUUAGGGAAGUGGGUGGGGGUGUUGAAUGCCAGAGUCCAUUACAAGCUGAGAUUACUGACUGUGAAACACUUUUCUGCCUCUGUCCCCUUGAAAGGCGCGUUCAGAGCGAUGCAAAUGCUUUAAAAUUUCAUGCCCAUAAGAAGGCCUGUGCUGUUAAAUGGAGUAAAGAAAAAGGAGGAGUGAUGAAAAUACACGUGUGUUCUAAUCCUGUAUUUGUAGGAGAGGAAAAGGGGAAACCAAAAGUGUGAUCCAGACAAGUGAAACUGCCAGCCAGAUAAGCUGCUGACCUGCACUUAAAUGUCCUGCGUUGAUUGAUGGGCACAUCUUAUCUACUGCUAACUGAGGCUUGAGCGUGUGGAGAACUACUGGCCCAGUGUGUUUUGUUUUCUUUUCUUGGUAUUGCAGAGUACCAGCAUUUUAAGACCCUUAUAUUAAAAGAACAUUAUGUAUUUUCUACACUCAUUGCGGUCCCAAAUAUUACAGCUCCUUAUUGCACUUCUGCAAUAUUUUGGACUAGCUACGCAGAAAAUACCUUCUUUCUUUUUAAUAAGAGGAUGGAAGUCUGACCUUAGUAGAGGCCUGUCUCUGCAUUGUUGUUUGAGUUUGAUUCCUGGUACUAGCUGUGAUAUUUGUAUUUAUGUUCCAUGAUGAGGGAUCUUUCUGAAUCUGGUUGCACUGUGUUUUGAGGAUGGGAGAACAGUGAGGGCGGUGGCUUAAAGGGUAAUACAAGACUUGCUUUGGCUGGAGGAGGGCACGAUGGAACUGAAGAGGCUAUGUUUGGACUCCUAAUUGAAGCAAGGCAUGUCAGUCUACCACUGCACCUCACAGAAGUAUUUCCGUAAAAGGAAGUUGGCAAUCUAGGAAGAAGGGGACGGGGAGAGAGACAUACACACAAAGUGACGUGAGGAAAAAAUAGUAUUACUAAAUUAUUGUGCAUACGCAGAGGCAGCUUUGCCAGUGUUGGAUUUUUCUCCAAAUGUUGCAAUAUCAGUUUCAUGAACACUUUGUGAAAUAAAUCAUCAGCAUUUAAAACAAGGAUCUGCAGAAAAAGCACGUUCUAAUUUGUCACUUAGAGAGAUUAAAUAUUUCUGCUUUCUGGAAAGA